AUGGGUCCAUUUACCGUGUUUGUGCCGACGGACGAAGCGUUCGGAGUUCUGCCGGCCAAAUUGGUGUCGGACCUGCGAGCCGACCCAGAGAAGUUGAAAGAGGUUUUGUUGAACCAUGUCGUCGCCGGAACUACCCUGUCAACAGCGUUCACGGAAUCCGACGCCGUCGUCACUGCCAACGGUGGCAAGACGCUGCGCAUCAACCGCUACCAGCUGGCCCCCAGCACUCCUAAAAUCUUGACAGUCAAUGGGGCAAGGAUUCUCAAGGCUGAUGCAACUGCGACCAACGGAGUCAUUCACUUCGUCAACAGGGUUUUGUAUCCAUACGCCGAGCAAACCGUGGUUGACAUCAUGUUCGGCUGUAAGAUCUUCGAAGGUGUCGCAAACUUGCUGAUCGAGACCAACAACAUUGACAAGCUGAGCGGACCCGGGCCGUUCACCGUUCUAGCACCAUCCACAGAAUCAAUCAACAGGAUCAAGUCGGAAAUUGACGAGAUCGUCGCAAAUGACAAGGAUAAGGCAGCAGCUAUCAUGAAGUACCACUUGCUGAAUGGAACAUACUUCAGCGAGGGGCUUUUCGAUCGGCAGUACCUCACGACUGAGGCUGAUGAGGGGCUUUCUGUCAGUUGCGCUGUGACAACGGAUACUUUCUUCAAGCGGUUGGCAGGCGUGAAUGACGUCCGCGUAACGAAGCCGGACAUCGUUGCCACCAACGGAGUCAUCCAUUUGCUGGACGGAGUUCUAGAUCCUGGUUCACCGUUGAUCACCUGCAACCUCCUCUGAUGAGCUAAAAAAAAUGUUACGCCAUUGAUUUACGAUUUUAACCAUGAAGUGCUGACGAGAAAGCAGCAGCUCUUGCGACGUAAAUAGUUAACAAGGUUUGGAGAACGGAUCGUUCUUCGCUAGGCUUGUUUUCAAGAGUUUUCCGAAAGGCAUUUUCGUGUUGGAAAAAGAUAGAGCUAAGCUCAGCGCAUAUGGAGGAGCCUUUUCUGUCGUGUAGUACGUGUCACAACUCAUUUUUUUCUCGCUGAGAAGCAAAUUAAUCUGAAACGUAGUUCUGAUAUUCUUGGACCUUGAAGUGAUUAUUUUACAAGAAAACGCUGGAAAGUUAGAUUUUGUUCACCUUCGAAUACGCCUACCUCAAGAGUACAGGCAGCCUCUUUUAAUGAAUUCGUUCGUUGCGUGGCAGUACUUCAGCUUCUCGGGAGCAUCUUCGUGCAUUUUCGUAGAUUCUAGGAGAAGUUUUGAGGGUCAUGUGAGGCGGAGGAAUGCAGGGUUUUCCUCGCACAUGCGCUUUCUGUUGUUCAAAAGUGCCAAAUUUUGCAGGAUCCGAUCCGAGGAUCAUUCGCAAAACAUUUUUAUUUUGAGUCUAGAUUUGAAUCUAGCGGAAAUCCAUCCGCUUUUCAAUUUCAUUUCUCUCGACAGCAUCAUCCACUUCAUUUUCCCGAAAAGUUCCAGUCCUUUUACAGUUUCUGGACUAGCACGAGACGUUGGAAAGAUUCGUCUGUUUAAUACAUUUUGUACGACGUUUUGCGGGCUCGAGGUGUUUUUCAGUUUCUUACAAGACGGAUGUUUUAUCAUGUUUUGAACAUUGACCUUUGCAUAUAUGUGGAGAUUGUUUCUACGUUGUUCGAUUGUAUUCAGGGGAGGUUUUCCGGAGGAAGAAAUACAAUGUUUGUGCAUAUUA